AUGGAUCCUGACAAAGUGCGAGCGAUAUCAGAAAUGCCUGCGCCUAGCACAGAGAAGGAGGUUCGCGGUUUUCUGGGUAGAUUGAACUACAUUGCUAGAUUCAUCUCCCAAUUAAUUGCUACCUGCGAACCAAUGUUCAAGUUGCUACGGAAGAAUCAGGUUAUGGUUUGGAAUGAGGAUUGUCAAGCCGCUUUUGAAAAAAUCAAACAAUACCUGCAAGACCCACCUGUAUUGCGUCCACCCGAGCCAGGAAGACCACUCAUUUUGUACUUAACUGUAUUGGAAAGGUCAAUGGGUUGUGUAUUGGGUCAAUAUGAUGAAGCUGGAAAAAGGGAGCAUGCGAUAUAUUACUUGAGCAAGAAAUUCACAGACUGCGAACAACGAUAUUCAUCGUUAGAGCGAACUUGUUGUGCAUUGGCAUGGGCCGCUCAUCGCCUAAGGCAAUACAUGUUGAGUAACUCUACAUUGUUGAUAUCCAAGAUGGAUCCUAUCAAGUUUAUUUUUGAAAAGCCCGCUCUCACUGGAAGGAUAGCUCGGUGGCAGGUGCUAUUGUCAGAGUAUGACAUCGUAUAUGUCACUCAGAAAUCCGUCAAAGGUAGUGCAUUAGCAGAAUACCUGGCGCAUCAACCCAUCAAUGAUUAUCAGCCAAUGCAGCCCGAGUUUCCUGAUGAAGAUAUCAUGGCUCUAUUCAAAGAAGGCAGGAAAUACCGAGACGAAGAAACAUGGAUAUUAUUAUUUGAUGGAGCGUCGAAUAUGAUGGGGCAUGGCAUAGGGGCAGUACUAAUCUCUCCAGAGCAGCAGUAUAUGCCCAUGACAUCAAGGCUGUGUUUUGAUUGCACGAAUAACAUUGCAGAAUAUGAGGCCUGCGCUGUGGGUAUUCGGGCGGCAAUAGAGUUCAAAGUGAAAAUUCUGGAAGUAUAUGGAGAUUCAGCUUUAGUCAUCAACCAGAUGAAGGAAGAGUGGGAAACAAGAGACGCAAAAUUAAUCCCUUACCAGGCAUACAUCAAAGGAUUAAUGGAGUGUUUCGACAUCAUCACAUUUAACCACAUACCACGGGAAGAUAACCAGUUAGCAGACGCGUUGGCUACUUUGUCAUCCAUGUUUGAGGUUGACCCGAAUACAGAAUUACCAGUGAUUGAAAUGAAGAGCCAUACGGAGCCAGCAUAUUGCCAGUUCAUCAAGGAGGAGGUGGAUGGUAAACCUUGGUACUUCGAUAUCAAGCACUAUCUUAAGACCCAAGAAUAUCCUGAAAAAGCAUCUGAAAACGAUAAGAGGUCGUUACGAAGGUUGGCUGGUAGCUUUAUUUUGAGUGGGGACAUUUUAUACAAGAGAAAUCAUGACAUGAUUCUCCUCAGAUGUGUAGAUACAAAAGAAGCCGAAUUGAUAUUGAAAGAAGUGCACGAAGGUACGUUCGGCACACACAUGAAUGGACACUCCAUGGCUAGGAAGAUCGUGAGAGCUGGUUACUUCUGGUUAACCAUGGAAAAUGAUUGUUGUACACAUGUAAGGAGGUGCGAGAAAUGUCAGAUGCAUGCAGACAAUAUCAAUGUAUCGCCCACGACUUUGAACGUGUUGUCUGCACCAUGGCCGUUUUCAAUGUGGGGAAUAGAUGUUAUUGGAGCUAUAGAGCCAAAAGCGUCAAAUGGACAUCGCUUCAUACUAGUCGCAAUCGAUUACUUUACCAAGUGGGUCGAAGCCGUUUCUUAUGCCAACGUGACUAGAAAGGUGGUGACCAGAUUCAUAAAAAGGGAGUUGAUCUGCAGAUAUGGGUUGCCUAACAAGAUCAUCACUGAUAAUGCCACCAACCUGAACAACCGGAUGAUGGCAGAGUUAUGUGAGGAGUUCAAAAUUCAUCAUCUUAAUUCUUCUCCUUAUCGUCCAAAAAUGAAUGGGGCAGUAGAAGCUGCUAAUAAGAAUAUCAAGAAGAUCAUGCAAAAGAUGGUGGUCACCUAUAAGGAUUGGCAUGAAAUGCUUCCCUUUGCUUUACAUGGAUAUCGUACUUCAGUACGAACGUCCACUGGUGCCACACCUUUCUCGCUGGUGUAUGGGAUGGAAGCAGUGCUUCCAUUUGAGGUGGAAAUCCCAUCUCUACGAAUUUUAUUGGAAACCCAAUUGGAGGAAGCUGAGUGGGUUCAAGCUCGGUUUGACCAGCUCAAUCUCAUCGAAGAGAAGAGACUGACAGCGGUGUGCCACGGGCAAUUGUAUCAAAGAAGAAUGAAAAAGGCUUUCGACAAAAAAGUACAUCCAAGGGAUUUCCAUGAAGGCGAACUGGUGUUAAAGAAGAUAUUGCCCAUACAAAGGGAUUUCAGAGGCAAAUGGACACCAAAUUAUGAAGGGCCAUUCGUAGUAAAAAGGGCGUUCUCUGGAGGGGCACUUAUUCUCACAAGGAUGGACGGAGAGGAGUUACCUUUACUGGUCAAUUCUGAUGCGGUAAAAAAGUUUUACGCAUGAUGAUUCCGAGAUAGGGGAUGCUACUAAGGGAUAUUAACACU